AUGGGUCAAUUAACUACAGAACUUCGUAAUAGACCACAAGGAGCCUUGCCAAGUGAUACAGAAAAUCCAAGAAAUUUGGGUAAGGAACAUUGCAAGGUAGUUGCUUUACGAAGUGGUAAGACUUUGGAACCUAAGGAAGCAAUCAUUGAUGAUGAGCCUAUUGAGAAGGAGGAAAGUCAACCGACAGUUGAAAUUCCUACACCAGACGAGCCAGAACCUACAAAGUCUAAUAAGAAAAAGCUACCACCAAAACUGAAGGACCCCAGAAGCUUUACUAUACCCUGUAAUAUUGGAGAACCUUACUGUGGUAAAGCUUUAUGCGACUUAGGAGCAAGCAUCAACUUGAUGCCCAAAUCUAUUUUCAAGCUAUUGGGAAUAGAUUUUGAAGUAGAUAUGGAAGUGUCGAUCAUCCUGGGGAGACCUUUCCUAGCUAUGGGAAGAACGUUAAUAAACAUACAAAAAGGUGAACUCACCAUGAGAGUUCAAGACGAUCAGGUAACAUUUAAUGUUCUUAGAGUAAUAAAGUUUCUCGAUCCAAUGAAGGAAUGUUCAGUGACAUUAGUUUCUAUGGAAUGA